CAUUCUUGGCAGCUCAUAACAUGGAAAAAGAAUGAGAUUGAUGUGGAACAAACUCAUCCAUUUUUGGGGCAAAUAGAUGAGAGUUUAUAGCUAAACCUUGGUAUAACCUUAUCGCUAGCUUUUAGAAAUGUCGUACACUAUCUUUUGUAACCUUAUGCAUUCCUUUUGUGGCUGAAAUAAAUUCUUCUAUGUACCCUUUGUUUAUGAGAGUCUUGCAUUAUGUCACCUAAUAAUAAGAUGCCAUCUUUGUUGUUGCGUCUUUGGUUAGAUCUUAUGCUCAUUCAAUUCACUAAGCAGAAUUCUCGAUUUUUGCUGUGGAAAUAAGCAAAUUGAUUUUGGGGCUUUACCAUGCCUGCCAUUUAUAGCUUCGGUCAUACCGUCUGCAACAAUUUCUCCUCCACUUAAGCAUCCUCAUUUGUUGCUGAAUAGAAGUUCAAUAAUAUGCUUUGGAGUCUUUAUUUUUUCCUAGAUAGAUCUUGGUUCAUUGAUUUCUUUAGUAGUUCCUAUACUAUCAAAUGGAUAUCUGAAACACUAGUCCUUAAACUCAUUAGAAUUCAAAGAUGAGGUCUAUGAUUUUAUCUUUGACAGAGAUGAUUCUGGAUUUGCCCUAUCUUGCUGCUGUGCGUAUGUGCACUUAUAGAUGUGGAUGCUUGUGCAAUAUAUGUUUUGCUGGGUAUGUGAAUAUUCAUGCAUUAUAUUUGUAUUUAGUCAAUGUUGGCAUUGAAAGUGCAAAGGUAGGUCAUAGUCUUCACCUCGGCAUGAAAUUGAUUAUGUAGUUGACCGAACUUGCAUCAUUGCUGCAUAUUGAGUUUCCAGAAAUAUGUUUGGCUUGUGCAACCAUUUGAGUUGGAGAUGAGGUAAUUAUCUGCUGUGUUUUCUUCGAUGAUAUAUAAGUGUCAUUGCAUCUCUAGUUUGUCCAUGAUCCUAAUGUCGCUAUCGAGAGCUAUUGAGCUCCAAAGUUGACUCAUGUUGUUUACUUAUUCCCUUUUCAUCACAUUGCAUUAAAUAUAUAGCUUUUUAAGUUCACGUAGGAUGUUAGAAAUAUACUGAAAUAUUCUUUUGAGUUGUUUCCUCAAAGUGUUCCUCUCAUCUGAUUUUUUCCAGGCUGUUGAUUCAUUUUUAAUAGAAAUGUUGUGAUUCAUUCUAAGUAAAGUGAUCCUAUUUCAGGUUAGCUGGAAGUUGUUGGUUUGAAGUUGUGGGUUUGCGUUUGAACAAGAAGCCAUAUUGAGUGAGUUUCAUUGGAGCCUCUUUUUCCUUUUUUCCCUACUUACCCAGUUACACUUUAUCUUCCUUGAUAGUUUUAAGUGUCAUCUCAAUUAAUUUAUAUGAUGCUCAAUUAAGGUAAAAUGGCAUCCCAGAAAGAUGUGUUCAAUGCAAAAUGGACUGAGCCUUUAACCAACUUAUUUGUAAGAUUGUUGGUUGAGGAGGUUCACAAGGGAAAUCGCACGACUUCUACUUUUAACAAAGUAGGAUGGAAUAACAUACGAGCUGAAUUCAAUAAACAGUCAGGAUACCAAUAUGACCUAUUGCAGUUGAAGAAUAAAGUGAACAAACUGAAAAGGCAAUAUGGUAGUUUCAAGAAGCUCCUUUCACAAUCUGGCUUUGGCUGGGAUAAUGUGAAUGGCACAGUUGUUGUUGACGAUCCAACUAUUUGGGACUCUCACAUCAGGGGUAAUAGUGAUUGGGCAAAAUUUAAAAAGGAUGGAUUUCCUCAAUAUCCUGAACUGUGCAUUGUAUUUGGUGAUACAUAUGCUACUGGAGAGCAUGCCACAGGAAAUGCCGAAGAUGUGAUGUUGUUAGAGGAUGGUGGCAAUGGUGGUGGCAAUGCAACUGGUGAUCAAGAGGAUUUAGCUGAACACCAAAUUGAUGAGGACAUUUUUACAUCUCAAUAUCCUUCCACUUCCAUUCAUAACAAGCACAGGUUGGAUAGGACUCCAAAUGUCAAGAGGAGAAAAAAUAGUCCCUCAUUUGAUAUUGCAGACACAUGCAAAGCUAUCCAAGACAUGCUCAAAGCUAGGUCAAGUCAAUCUGUGAGUGGAUCUGUUAGCUCACAAGUCACACCAUCACCACCACCACCACCACCUGAAGACCCCUACUCCAUAUCAGUUGUGAUUGAUAUUCUGGUUAAUAUGAAUGACUUGGACCAAGAUAUGUACAACAAAGCAGUGGAACGAGCAUGUGGUAGUGCUGUAUGGAGAGAGGCUUUCAUCAAAACACCAGCUGAAAGGAGACAUGGACUUCUUCAAUAUCUAUUGUAGAUGUUGAGAUGUGUUUUA